AUGAACAGUGGGGAGCAGCACAGUGAGGACUGCUCAGCAGCAGCAGCAGCAACAGCAGCAGCAGCAGCAACAGCGGGUGCAGCUCCGGCAGCAGCCGCCACAGCAGCAACAGCAGCUGAGUUGACUGAAAAUCCCGAAAUAAUGGGGACUACCACCGAGUGUGCUGCUGCAGAAGCUGCUGCAGCCGCUGCGCCUACCAACCAGCCGCGGCGGGCCCAGCAGCAGCAGCAGCAGCAGGUGCAGCAGCAGCAGCAGCAGCAGCAGCAGAUGAGCGCUGCGUGUAGUUUGUUCGAGGUAUCCGUUCACUUCAGUUCUGGCUCUCAGCCCCUCGACGGCGCAGGUGACCCUAAAAAGCAGCAGCAGCAGCAGCUGCCGCAGCAGCAGCAGCAGCAGCAGCUUGUGCUGCAGGUGCGGAUAGUGUCUGUGGCGUGCAUAUUCGCGUCUCUGUUUGUUGCUGCUGCUGCUGCUUGCUGCUGCUUCUCCUCGGCGCCCCCCUCCCUCUCUCUUGCUGCUCUUGCCCUCGGGAUGCUGCUGGACGCAGCAGCAUCUGCUGUUGUUCUUUGGCGCUUCCAGAGGGGCCCUUCGGGGGCCCCCCUCAAGCAGCAGCAGCAGCAGCAGCAGCAGCAGCAGAAGCUGAGACGCACACUUGGAGGUCUUUUCCAGGGGGAUAAGCCGAAGCCAGUUGAGCUGCAGGAUCUCAAAAGGGAGGCUUCAACAGCUUCGACGGCUUCUGCUGCAGAAGGUGCAGCAGCAGCAGUAGCAGCAGUUGCUGCUGCUGCUGCUGCUGCUGAGGAGGAAGACCAGGACAUCGUCCCCGCUGCAAGUCCAGCACAAGACGGGGCUACGCUGGAGGCUCCCGCAGGGGCCGGCACAGCAGCAGCAGCAGAAGCAGCGCAAACUAAGGCAGCAACAGCAGCAGCAGCAGCAGCAGCUGCUGCUGCUGCUGAGGCGGUUGUGGAGAAGAGGGAGCAGCUGGCGAGCCGGCUGGUGGGCUUUGUGCUGCUGCUGUCGGGUCUGUGGGUAUGUCUUCAUUCUUGCUUCGCAUUGUACGCCCACCAGCGAGCAGCAGCAGCAGCAGCAGCAACAGCAGCAGCAGCGGCGGCGCUGCAGCAGCAGGUGGUGACCGUGGCAGCAAAGACCUUCUGGGUCACAGCCCCUUCUGCCUUUCUUCUCUUCUUCAUUUGUCUUUAUAAACGCCACUUAGCUUUCAAACUCAGCAGCAAAUUGCUGCACUUGGAUUGCCGCUCUUCAGCUUUCUCGCUGCUGCUGUCUCUUGUUGCUGCUGCUGCUUCCGCGCUGUGCCUCUUCCUCCACAGGGGCCCCCGGGGGCCCCUAGAGGGGCCCGCCUGGGGGCCCCCCGUAGACCCACAGCGGGGCGGGGCCCCGGGGGGCCCCCACAAGCGGUCCCUAGCACAGGGCCUCUAUGGGGGCCCCCCAAAGGGGCCCCUAGGGGUGGGGCCCCCACAGCGGGGGCCCCUAGAGGGGCCCCCACGGGAGGGGCCCCCAGAGGGGCCCCUACAGCAGGGGCCCCCAGAGGGGCCCCCAAAUGAGCUCUUACAGGGGCCCCCACAGCAGGGGCCUUUAGAGGGGCCCCCGCAGGGGCUUUUAGAGGGGCCCCCACAGGGGCUUCUAGGGGGGCCCCCACAGCAGGGGCCCCUGGGGGGGCCCCCACAGCAGGUGACCCUGGAGGGGCCCCAGGGGGGCCCCCUGGGGCUUUCUUUGCCCCCUAGUUAUGAUUCUCUUGCUGCUUUAUUUGUUUCCUUUUUCAUGAUUGCUGAGGGGCUUCGCAUUUCUUGCUGCAGUAAGUCCCGGAGGCCCCGGAGGGGCCCCUAG